AUGUACAAAAAUGAAUAUUUAAUUGAUAUUCCAAUAACAUGCAAAAAUACUGCUUCAGGAGAAAAAAGGCGAGCAUGUCUUAAAAGAAUUUGUCCUACGCUUGAAGGCAAAGAAUACAACAGAGAUUUUGGUCUCGGCUCGUGUCAACCACAUUGUGCCCCUAAUGGAGUUUAUUUUCCUGGAAAAUGUCCUUACAAAUCUAUACCUGCAUGCAUAUGUAAAAAAGGUUAUUGCCGAAAUCCAUUGAAUUGGUAUAAAUGCAUACAGCCAAGGGUUUAUAAAAAAACUACGGAACAACAAACAAAAUGUGUUGACAAAAAUAAUCCGGAAAAUAAUAAUUCUGGAAAAGAAUGUAUUGAAAACAAUAUUUCUGAAUCUAAAAUUACGAGCAGUGAAAGUAGUAUGGAUACUGGAAAGAGCUCUGAAGAGUUAAUUCCACCAAAUCUGGGUAGUCUUGAUUUGUUGAACCCUACUGAUGCAAAAUCAAAUGAGUCUGUUGAUAAAAACACAAGUGAAACUAAAGAUACAGAUGAAAGUGGAAUUGAGCAAGAAGGUAAUAAACCAAAUAAGUCUGUUGAUAAAAACGUUGGUAAGACAAAUGAUCCAAAUGGAAGUGGAAUUAAUGAGGAAGAAAAUCAUCCUGAUGCAUCGGCCAGUAGUAAUGCAAGUGCUGGUGAAACGAUGGCAAAUGAUGACACAGAGGAGUUUGAAGGUAGCCUUCUGAAAAUCCCAAAAUUUGGUGAACAUAGCCAUAGCGAAGAAGACUUGGUAGAUUUUGCUAUAAAUUUAGUAAGGAGGACAUGA